UCCUGUGCUUGCUUUCCUGAAAUCCUCUUACAGCAGCCGCCUCACAACACUGAGCCAGUAACGUAUGUGGAGCUCAACACAGAGCCUUUUCUUGAGAGAAUCCACUACACUACAAAGGCAUUUAAUAACAAAAUCAAUGCAUCCAGUCAACGAUUUAAUGAAGACAAUGAACCGAAGAUAUGCUGUGCUCCUUUCAAUAAUUAUCUGUCAAGUCCAUAGCAUGCUGGCUCAGGACUGUCCCAGUAAGCAAGACCUACAGAACUCAAUUCAACAGGCUCACAAACUGCUUUCAGCGCAGGAAGCUUCGUACCUGCAGAGUCUUCGCACUUUGAGGAAGAAACUGAACCUACUGCACGACAGCGUCGCACGCCGGCCCGCUAAAGCACAGAACUCUACUUGUCCUGACCUGGAUACUCCUGUCAAUGGCAAAAAGCUGGGGAAGAUUCUGUUUCCUGGUCAUGAAGUUCACUUCCUGUGCGAUGAGGGCUUUGAGCUGGUGGGUUCAGAGACACGGCAGUGUAAAGAUUCGCUCGGCUGGAGCGGUCAGCAGCCCGUCUGCAGAGAUAUCGACGAGUGUCUUUCAUCACCUUGUGCCAACGGAGGAACGUGUACAGACGAGGUCAAUGGAUUUAGCUGUGUCUGCGCCAAGGGCUGGGCCGGACCCACCUGCCAGUCCCCAACACCAACAUUUUUUGUCACUAUAGCGAACACGUCUUCUGUCAGCUCUGGAGCCGCGGCCGCGUCCUCAUUCCCUCUGACCCGUGCGUCUUCAGCGUCCAGGUGCAGUCAGGUUCAGGGAACGACCCACUGCUCCUGUGAGCCUGGAUUCACCAUCUCUGGCCACGACAGCAGCGUCUGCACAGACAUUGAUGAGUGUAAGCUGUUCCACGAUGGUCCGGCCGGCCGGCUGUGUUUGCACGUGUGUGUUAAUACUGCUGGUGGGUACCGAUGCAGCUGCCCUGCUGGUUACAGCGUGACCCCUGACGGCCGGAACUGCAAAGAUAUCGACGAGUGCAGCAGCAGCAGGCAGAACAACUGCACGCGCGAGCAGCUCUGCAUCAACACCUACGGAGGCUUUCAGUGCGUCAGAGUCGAGUGUCCGCAGAUACGGAACGCCACCUAUGCCAAAACCUCUCCAGUGCGCUGUGAGAGGAACCCGUGUCCCGUGGACAGCAGGACCUGCUCUCAGGCGCCAAACUCUGUGUCCUUCCACUACAUGUCUGUGGUGUCCAAGCUCUCCGCUCCGCGCGUCAUGUUCCGCAUGUCGGCCGUCAGGAUGAUAGGAGACACGCUGCGCUUCGCGUUACUGGGCGGCCGCGGCCGGCGUCACUUCACCGUGCAGCGCUCCGAUCGUCAGACGGGGGAACUGCUGCUGACCAGUCCUGUCCAGGGUCCAGCCACGCUGGACGCAGAGCUGGAGAUGACUGAACUGGAGAGGAGAGAACUGCUGGGACGUUACAUCACCAAAAUUACCAUCUUUGUCUCACCAUAUGAGUUUUAGAGUUAAAUUAGAGAGGUUAAAGGCAGGGUAGGUGAUUUGGUUCAAAACAUGUUUUGUUGUGCUGGCUGAAAGUCUCUUCUCAUCCUGACAGCAAUCACUAAGUUAAGUGCUCUAAAUGUAUUUAUCUUUAUUUAUAACAUCUGUGGAAGGCGUAGGACCAUAUAAUGUUCGUCCAAUAGGCUGUCCUGCCUGUCAGCGUGUGUGUUAUCAUCCCUCUGUGCAGCCUGAUCAGACCGGAUCCGUCAUCAGCGCGUUCUUACACUUCUGCAGACCGACAGAAAGGAAGGUGUUUACUGUAAUAUUCUGCAGUUUGUACUGUAAUGUUUUCUCACCGGUGAAUGAGACAUGAGUGAUCUCAGACGCUGUGCGCGGUCACGUGUUCUGGAGGAGGCGUGGCUCUGGAGAGUGAUCUGCAGGGAGGGUGUGAUCUUAUGCUGUCAAAGCCAGCUUGCUAUUGCCUUACCCUACCUUUAAUAUUACCUUCAGAAGAAAUCUGGCUAGUCAGUUUGAGCAAUCUUAUAUGUGUAUAUAUAUAUAUAUA